AUGAACAACCCGCUCUCUGUGGUCCAGUACUCACCCUGUGUGCUGUUCUACUGUAAUAAAGAUGAUAAAGAUGAUAAAGGUGAUGAAGAUGAUGAUGAUGUUGAUGUUAAUGAUAAGGGUGAUGAAGAUGAUGGUGAUGAUGAAGAUGAUGGUGAUGUUAGUGAUAAAGGUGAUAAAGAUGAUGGUGGUGAUGAAGAUGAUGGUGAUGUUAAUGAUAAAGAUGAUGGUGAUGUUAAUGAUAAAGGUGAUGAAGACGAUGGUGAUGUUAAUGAUGAUGAUGAUGAUGAAGAUGAUGGUGAUGUUGAUGAUAAAGAUGAUGAAGAUGAUGGUGAUGAUGAAGAUGAUGAUGGUGAUGUUAAUGAUAAAGGUGAUGAAGAUGAUGGUGGUGAUGAAGAUGAUGGUGAUGUUAAUGAUAAAGGUGAUGAAGAUGAUGAUGAUGAUGAAGAUGAUGGUGAUGAUGAAGAUGAUGGCGAUGUUAGUGUUAAAGAUGAUGAAGAUGAUGGUGAUGUUAAUGAUAAAGGUGAUGAAGAUGAUGGUGGUGAUGAAGAUGAUAGUGAUGUUAAUGAUAAAGAUGAUGAAGAUGAUGAUGAUGAUGAAGAUGAUGGUGAUGAUGAAGAUGAUGGCGAUGUUAGUGUUAAAGAUGAUGAAGAUGAUGGUGAUGUUAAUGAUAAAGGUGAUGAAGAUGAUGGUGAUGUUAAUGAUGAUGAUGAUGAUGAAGAUGACGGUGAUGUUAAUGAUAAAGGUGAUGAAGACGAUGGUGAUGUUAAUGAUGAUGAUGAAGAUGAUGGUGAUGAUGUUGAUGAUAAAGAUGAUGAUGAUGAAGAUGAUGGUGAUGUUAGUGAUAAAGGUGAUGAAGAUGAUGGUGAUGUUAAUGAUAAAGGUGAUGAAGACGAUGGUGAUGUUAAUGAUGAUGAUGAAGAUGAUGGUGAUGAUGUUAAUGAUAAAGAUGAUGAUGAUGAAGAUGAUGGUGAUGAAGAUGAUGGUGAUGUUAGUGAUAAAGGUGAUGAAGAUGAUGGUGAUGUUAAUGAUGAAGAUGAUGGUGAUGUUAAUGAUAAAGGUGAUGAAGAUGAUGGUGAUGAUGAAGAUGAUGGCGAUGUUAGUGAUAAAGAUGAUGAAGAUGAUGGUGAUGUUAAUGAUGAUGAUGAUGAAGAUGAUGGUGAUGUUAAUGAUAAAGGUGAUGAAGAUGAUGGUGAUGAUGAAGAUGAUGGUGAUGUUAGUGAUAAAGAUGAUGAAGAUGAUGGUGAUGAUGAAGAUGAUGGUGAUGUUAAUGAUAAAGGUGAUGAAGAUGAUGGUGAUGAUGAAGAUGAUGGUGAUGUUAGUGAUAAAGAUGAUGAAGAUGAUGGUGAUGUUAAUGAUGAAGAUGAUGGUGAUGUUAAUGAUAAAGGUGAUGAAGAUGAUGGUGAUGAUGAAGAUGAUGGUGAUGUUAGUGAUAAAGAUGAUGAAGAUGAUGGUGAUGUUAAUGAUGAAGAUGAUGGUGAUGUUAAUGAUAAAGGUGAUGAAGAUGAUGGUGGUGAUGAAGAUGAUAGUGAUGUUAGUGAUAAAGAUGAUGAAGAUGAUGGUGAUGAUGAAGAUGAUGGCGAUGCUAGUGAUAAAGAUGAUGAAGAUGAUGGUGGCGAUGAAGAUGAUGGUGAUGUUAAUGAUAAAGAUGAUGAAGAUGAUAGUGAUGUUAAUGAUAAAGAUGAUGAAGAUGAUGGUGAUGUUGAUGAUAAAGAUGAUGAAGAUGAUGGUGAUGUUGAUGAUAAAGAUGAUGAAGAUGAUGGCGAUGUUGAUGAUAAAGAUGAUGAAGAUGAUGGCGAUGUUGAUGAUAAAGGUGAUGAAGAUGAUGGCGAUGUUGAUGAUAAAGGUGAUGAAGAUGAUGGCGAUGUUAGUGAUAAAGAUGAUGAAGAUGAUGGUGGUGAUGAAGAUGAUGGUGAUGAUGGCGAUGUUAAUGAUAAAGAUGAUGAAGAUGAUGGUGAUGAUGGCGAUGUUAAUGAUAAAGAUGAUGAAGAUGAUGGCGAUGUUAAUGAUAAAGAUGAUGAAGAUGAUGGUGAUGUUGAUGAUGAAGAUGAUGGUGAUGUUGAUGAUAAAGAUGAUGAAGAUGAUGGUGAUGUUGAUGAUAAAGGUGAUGAAGAUGAUGGUGAUGUUGAUGAUAAAGAUGAUGAAGAUGAUGGUGAUGUUGAUGAUAAAGGUGAUGAAGAUGAAGAUGAUGGUGAUGAUGAAGAUGAUGGUGAUGUUAGUGAUAAAGGUGAUGAAGAUGGUGAUGUUAAUGAUGAUGAUGAUGAUGAAGAUGAUGGUGAUGUUAAUGAUAAAGGUGAUGAAGAUGAUGGUGAUGAUGAAGAUGAUGGCGAUGUUAGUGAUAAAGAUGAUGAAGAUGAUGGUGGUGAUGAAGAUGAUAGUGAUGUUAAUGAUAAAGAUGAUGAAGAUGAUGAAGAUGAUGGUGAUGUUAAUGAUAAAGAUGAUGAAGAUGAUGGUGAUGAUGAAGAUGAUGGUAAUGAUGAAGAUGAUGGUGAUGAUGAAGAUGAUGGUGAUGAUGAAGAUGAUAGUGAUGUUAAUGAUAAGGGUGAUGAAGAUGAUGGUGAUGAUGAAGAUGAUGGUGAUGAUGAAGAUGAUGAAGAUGAUGGUGGUGAUGAAGAUGAUAGUGAUGUUAAUGAUAAGGGUGAUGAAGAUGAUGGUGAUGAUGAAGAUGAUGGUGAUGAUAAAGAUGAUGAAGAUGAUGGUGAUGAUGGCGAUGUUAGUGAUAAAGAUGAUGAAGAUGAUGGUGAUGUUGAUGAUAAAGAUGAUGAAGAUGAUGGUGAUGUUGAUGAUAAAGGUGAUGAAGAUGAUGGCGAUGUUAGUGAUAAAGAUGAUGAAGAUGAUGGUGGUGAUGAAGAUGAUAGUGAUGUUAAUGAUAAGGAUGAUGAAGAUGAUGGUGAUGUUGAUGAUAAAGAUGAUGAAGAUGAUGGCGAUGUUAGUGAUAAAGAUGAUGAAGAUGAUGGUGAUGUUGAUGAUAAAGAUGAUGAAGAUGAUGGUGAUGUUGAUGAUAAAGAUGAUGAAGAUGAUGGCGAUGUUAGUGAUAAAGAUGAUGAAGAUGAUGAUGAUGGUAAUGUUAAUGAUAAGGGUGAUGAAGAUGAUGGUGAUGAUGAAGAUUAUAGUGGUGAUGAAUAUGAUGGUGGUGAUGAAGAUGAUGGUGGUGAUGUUAAUGAUAAAGAUGUUGAAGAUGAUGAUGAAGCUGAAGAUGUUGGUGAAGAUGAUGAUGGUGAUGUUAACAGUAAAAGUGAUGAAGAUGAUGAUAGUGAUGAUGAUGAUGGUGGCAUUAACGAUAAAAGUGAUGGUAAUGAUGAAGCUGAAGAUGAUGAUGGUGGUGAUGUUGGUGAUAAAGAGGAUGUUCUUGAUGAUGGUAAAGAUGAUGCAUUUUAUGAUGAAGAUGAUAUGCAGAUGGUGCUGUUUCCUCUGCCAGUGUUUGCUCUGCUGAGUAAAGGCCAGUGUCAGGAAGAUCUGCACGCUUUCCUUCAGGAGCACAAAAUGGAGGAUGACCAGAGUCAGCAGCUGCGGUGUGAAAUGGAGUCUGCAGUGCUGAUGCAGGAGAUGAUGAUGAAGAUGCAGAUGCAGUGGAGCGACGCUUCUGCUGACAGACACUCGCUCCACUCAACAACUGUCUCUGCUUGA